AUGGCCAACGAAGUUGUUCAUGUGGCACAAACCGUUCAGGUUGCCGAACGUCGACUCAGCCUUCUGGAGCGCCUACGAGCUGAAAACUGGGAGUUGCUGCGUUUAACAAGUGGAAUUAAUGAUGGCAUGGCCAAAGCCGUGAAUGAGUACAUUCACGCAAAGAGGCAAUAUGAUCGAGUGCGCGAGGAGUUAAACAACAGGAUUCAGGUCCUUGACGAAGCACAAAAGACUUUGGAAAGCUUAGAGGUAAAUGUAUCAACUAACCACUUAUUUAUGACAGAUGAGUAUAAAUUAAGCAAUUUUAAGGCUGUUUUCAUUUAUUAUAGUUCUUAA